CAAGAUUCUGAUGGCUUUGCACUUUGACGUUUGAUUUUUAGGUUAGAAUGCAAGAAAAUUUAAUCCAUUUCAAAACAAACAUUUUGCUUUAGCCUUUCUGCAUUUUUUUCUGCAAUUCAGCGCUAUUUAGUGGAUUAUAAUUGACUAAGCAACUUUCAUUUGAUUUCCGUUCAAGAAACAUGCAGAAUUUAUAAUAUUACCUUGUGCUACUUUCUUGGUGAAUCAUUUGAAAGUUAGUCACCGGUCAAGUCAAAUAACUGAAAAUAGAAAGACUUUUCCUAAUGAAAGAGUUUGUCCGUUUACUCCAGUAGAAGUGAUUAUAGUGAUGUUUUUCCAGAAGUACAAAUGAUGCAAGACGAUGUGCACGCAGGAAAUAAAAGUGCAUCCUCUCACCAAUGACCCGUGUGAAGUUUGGAUGGAAAUAUUUGAAUCUCAGACGUUUAUUAAUGUAGAGUUUGAAAUUCCAGAGGAAUGUGACAGAGGCAAGGUACGCAUUGUAUGCAUGAGUGAUACACACUCUAAGACUUCGAAAUUUCAUUUCAAUGAAAUACCUGACGGUGACAUUUUCAUACACGCUGGAGAUUUCACUUAUUAUGGCAGCGUUGAUGAAGUUAUCCAAUUCAACGAAUGGCUUGGUGAGAUCUUAAUAAAAAUUCAUAAUUCGUUAGUCAUUAUUUCGUCCAGGCAACCAGAAUACAGCCAGCUGGCGUUCAACCUGGCUCGCGGCGAGGCCUGCCUUAGCAAGUGGCGGCUGAUCCCGGCCGACACGGACAUCCUUGUGACGCACACCCCGCCACUGGGUCGCGGCGACCGCUGCCGCAGCGGGGUGCGGGCCGGCUGCUGCGAACUGCUCAACACUGUGCAGCAAAGGGUGCGGCCGCGCUACCAUGUGUUCGGCCACAUUCACGAAGGAUACGGGGUGACAUCAGACGGCCAUACAAUUUAUGUGAAUGCAUCAACCUGUAAUGUCAAAUAUGCAGCUGUCAAUCCUCCAAUAGUAUUCGAUGUACCGUUGCCACCUGGGUUCACAAAAGAUGGCAGUGUACUAUAAAGUGAUGUAAUGUAUUAAUGAUUAUUCUAUUGUAAUGAAUUGUAUUACACAACAUAACAUUUAAGCAGAGAUAUUAUGAGUAGAAUAUUAGACGUGAGUCUUUGAAAAUUGUAUAAUUUACUAAUAUGGUUUACCUGGAUGGAGUUUUUUGGUUACCUCACGGUAAGCUAGGCUGCCAAGGUUUAUAUCACUUGAAAAUUCGCAGUAGAUUAUAUCAUUAUUGGCAAUCAAUAUAUGACCAAACUUUCUUCACAUUAAUCUUUUACAUUAUUGUAAUUACGUUCAUGAACAUUGGACUUUAUGUAAUCUGAGGAGAGAUAUCUUAUUUUAUGACUUGAGUAUAUUAGAUGGCUGUGGUUAAAUGUGAGAUAAUUUUACAAAAUAUUUUAUUCUCUAAAGAUAGUUUUCAGAUCUAUUAUGAAGCACACACUCGAGAACGACAUGGUUAUUGUGAAUCUUUAUUAUGUUUGUUAUUAUAGAAGAGUAUACUUCCAUUGGGAGGUUCACGUGAUAACUACUAUUUUAUCAAUGUUUUUUCGUAAUUGGCACUAUACUACAUUGGCCUGUUUACAAUUUUUUUACUGGGGACAUAGCUCUCUUUUUAUUAUAAGGUAUAAUACCAGUGCAAUUUAAACUUUUCAUAUUUAAUUUUAUGUUAUAGAUUUAAGUAAAAGAGUAGUUGAAAUGUUCUAUACUGUGUUAUUUCACAGCUUUAUUUGACUUUUCUGCAUUAAAUUCGGUAUCUAAUACUGAUUUUCUUAAAUUUAGAAUACAUGUUUAUUAUUUAAAAUAUUAAUUAUAAAUGUAAAAUAUCAAUUUCACAGCUUUAUUUGAACUUUUCUGCAUUCAAUUCAGUAUCUAAUACUGAUUUCCUAUAAUGUAGAAUACAUGUUUAUUAUUAAUUCUAUGUACAUUUUAGCCUUCCAUAAUAUUUUUCACUGAUAUCGAGUGAAAUAUUACCAUGCUCCUGCCCGUAAGGUGGAAAUAUUUAUUGUUAAUCAAGUUACGGUAUCUAUGGUAUUAAAUGAUUGUUGUUAAAAGUAUAUUUUGUUGAUAUUAAAGAUGUUUAACGAAGUAAA